GGAACUAGUACAGCGCAUUGGUGGUUCUUAAUACGCCCUACUAACGUUUUUUUUUACUCGCGAUCUCCGUUUUGGCUACUCUUCGAUAUUACCGGAUAAUUUUUCCUAACACCACUUUAUCGACACCCAAAGUAUUCAUCGUUUUACGAACCCCGACGCUUCGUUUUUCUGUCGUACCAUAAUUGUGAUUGUCCUAAAAUACCACAUCGACUGGCUGUGCUUGCUACGCACUUUCGGAGGACAAAAUGUCGGGGGUGGAAAGUUAUGCGAACCGCAAUAGCACGGACCUGGGCCGGUUCGUGGAGGACGCACAGAUUGGCGAGGGGCAGUACAAGUACGUGGUCCGUGGCGAGUACCGUGGUGGCGACUAUGACGGGCGCCCCAACGUCUGUAAGUUUUUGAAGAAGCAUACGGUGUUCGACGACCGGCUGUGGUUGGACGACGUGCGCGCGUGCGAGCGCGCGCUGGCCGUGAUCGCCGCGUUCCACAAGUACUUGCACGAGACCAAUAAGCCGAAGGCUAGCAUCAAACUGAACAUCCCGCAGGUGUGGCGGCAGAGCAGCGAGGGCGCGAAGAAGAACCAGUUGAUGCUGGUGGAGCCGUUUCUGGACAAUUUCAGUAAGUUCAACAGCAACACCGGCGCUUGCAAGAAGGACGAAAGCAUCAUGCAGGCGUUGUCGCACUUCAGCUACCACAUCAGCGACGGCACCGAGCUGCUGUGCGACAUGCAGAGCCAGCGGGUGGGGCGGCAAAACGUGUACGUGCUUUCGGACAUCGCGAUCUGCAGUGAGGCCCGCGCCUACGGCGAGACCGACCUGGGGGCGCGCGGCAUGGAAAACUUCUUGCACUACCAUCGGUGCGGCCCGUUCUGCAGCAAGGCGUGGAGAACCUGGGAGGGGGCGGAGCAGAAGUUCCAGCCGGUGAUGUCCACCAGCAUGCACACGACGCUCGAAAAGCCAGCGGACCUCACCACGGGGGAGACUCGGGACUGCGGGCCAAUGUACCCAAGCGAGAUUCACUUCUCUUCACGCAGGACUGCAUCAGCCCCAAGUUCCGCGACGGGCGGACAGUGAAGGAGACGGUGCUGCAGUUGGCCAAGCGGGAGAUCCACAAGCGCAGCAUCCCGGUGAUGAAGGUGGUGUUGAAAAAAGCCAAGUACUGGUCUCUGGAC